AUGGCAUCGCCAAGUAAAGACUUCUGUACACUUUGUAAAGAGAAUGUCAGCAGUGAUGCAGACACGUGGUGUGCUGAAUGCGAUGUCUUCCUGUGUGUAGAAUGUGAGAAGCACCAUAAAGGGACUCGAUCAUCCAAAGACCAUACAACAAUAUCAGCUGAGAACUAUCAUGAAUUGCCUUCAUUUAUAAAAGAAACGAGCAAUAUAUGUAAAAUCCAUGACAGAAAGUUAGAACUAUACUGUUCCGUUCAUGCGUGCGCCUGUUGUCUCAAUUGCGUCACUGGUGAACAUCAAACAUGUCAAACCAUGAAGCCAUUGUCUGAUAUUCUAGAACAAGUCAAGUCAUCAGAUGCAGUUCCUCAACUUGAAAAAGAGCUAAAAGAUCGGGAAAAACAUAUUGAAGAGAUAAAAGAUUAUUUGCGAAACAGAAUAAUUAUAAAUGCAAUGCAGAAAACCGAGGCAAUUCAGAACAUCCAAGCCAUGCGUAAAUCGAUCGAUGAUCACCUAAACAAACUAGAACAGGAACUUCUUAAAGAUCUAGAAAUUGAACAUUCAAAAUUGAAACCCGAAAUCGAAACACUCUUGCACGAAGUAGAUAAACGAGCAAAGCAGAUAAAGAAUUUGCAAAACGAUUUUGCAAAUAUGACUAAAUAUGCAACUGAACUUCAAACUUAUGUCGGUCUGAAACAAAUUAAGAAUAUCACAUCACAAGAGAGGAACUACAUUGAUGAUUUAAAGCGUGGUUCUAAUCUAAACAAACGUAACUUGCAUGUGACAACUUCGCCUGAUAUUGCUUCCAUUCUACAUGAUGUCAAAUCAUUUGGAGAAAUUACAGUUGACACCCGUCCUUGUAAUAUUCAGGAAAAUGUGGAAAGGAAAGAUCAAGCUCAGUAUUUAGUUCUUGUUCCAACGAUGGAUCAAAUAAAGCCAUCGUUCUCAAACAAACUAAAUGUACCUUUAGAAAGAUCAUUACGUAUUGCAGAUUGUUGCAUACUACCUGAUUGCAAUUGUUUAAUUGCUGAUUCAGUUAGCAAGGAUUUGCUUUUGUUUAAGAAUAAUGGGUCAUUUAUUCGAACAGUGUUGUCAUUUGAAAAAACACCUGGAAGUGUAUGUUUUGUGAAAGAUGGUACAGUAGCAGUUUCUUUUGAUGGAGUAGUGGCCCUUGUUGAUAUAAACAAAAGUCAGGUUGACAAAACUUUUAAGUUCCCCGAGGUAUAUUGUUCUGGAGUUUCAAGUGAGGGUCACGUUCUGGUCAUAUCAAUGCCUUAUGAAAAAAAUGUCAUUGUCAUGAACCUUCUAGAUGAAUCAAAACAGAACUUAGAAGGAAUAUGUGUGAAUUACAUUUCAUUGGUCAAGGGUAAUAUCUACGGCACCAACUUUUUUAAUAGCACGGUAAAGUGCUACACAUUGAGUGGUGAAUUGCUCUGGACAUUUAAACACGAGAACAUUGAUAAACCAACAGGGAUUGCAUUAGAUAAACAUGGGUUUAUGUAUGUCGUUUGCAGGAUUAGUAAUAAAAUAGUUGUAUUUUCACCUGAUAGAAAAUCUUGCAGGACAAUAUUGAAUCACGAUAAUGGAAUGAAAGCUCCUCAAUCGAUUGAUAUUGAUAUGAAAUCAGAACUUAUGUUAAUUUCAAGUUCAAAAGAAGAUUUGGAUCCGUUACUAUUUAAACUCUAA